AUGGACAGGUCGCCCAAGGACGACAAACGGGACGCGAAGGUGGUCGUAGUCACCAACCUCACGCGCAAUGUCGUCGAGGGCCAUCUCAGCACCAUCUUCGGCUUCUACGGCGAGCUCGUCAAAAUCGACCUCCCUAUGUUCGGCAAAUCGGGCCAAAACAGAGGCAAAGCUGCCUUGGAAUACGCAGACGCGGAUGCAGCUCAGAAGGCCGCGUCGCACAUGAACGGCGGCCAACUCGACGGCGCAGUCCUCAAAGUCGAGCUGUCCGACCUCCCUAUACGUACC